GCCCGUGGAAUGCGAAGACUACGACACUUACGACUUGGUGGACAGCACUCGGCAACACUGUUAUGUAGACCGGCGUUUACUUGGAAUGGGACCUGACGAGAAGGUCGCAGCUGUUUGGAAUGAGACACAGCGUCACAGCCUGUGGAGCUUCCUGGUGUUUGCUAUUGUAUAUGUUCUUAUGCUCGCAUUGCUGGAAUGGCUGCUUCCUGACGUCAUGCACGCUAAGGCCGUAAGGACUGUGUUGUACAUUCUCGUUCCGGGCUCGCUGUUGGCACAUCUCUACUUCAAGCUCCGAUCGGAGCUGCAGUGCUUGUGCGUCACCACCGACACAGGACGUGUCAUUCAGCUGUCCAGAACACCGCCUACUGGACUUGGGUUGGUUUGCCCACAUUUCUAUGGUGGCACAGACCUUCGGCUUGACAUGUUCUUUGUUGGCAAGGCUGUGUAUGUACAACUGGACAUGCCCCUGAAGCCAAUCUGGGCAGAUUGGAUCCGGUCCUGGCGCAGAGAUCCCUGGCGGCGAGGAACGGUGUCGGUUCGAGGAGAGCAUGGGCUCCUCCAGAUCCGGCGAACGAAUGGUGAGGCUGUCGUCGCCUACCGCGCCAUGAGUGAGAUGAUCGAAGCCAGGAGGACAAAAGGUCUUCGAGCAGCCUGCCUGGGCCUGGCCGAGAUUUUCGGAAUCACAGCAAGAGAUGAUUUGCUACUCCCAGAUGAAGAGCUUAUCUGGGAGUGGAAGUUAAAUUGUGUGGGACAUUUCACCGACCCGUUUGAUUACACCUCCUUGUUGGUGAUCACCGACUCCAGGCUCCAUGUCGCUCGAGCCCGGUGUCCGAAGCCGCUGAGUUUGCGAGGUCUCCUUUUAGGCCCGCUGACAUUAGGCUUUCGCUGUAUGCAUCUGCAGGAGUGGCUUGGUCAUCAUGCUGGCCUCACUAUCUCCAGCCUGGCGCACAACAGCUUGGAGUCCUAUGCCACGACGAGAUCCCGGGCUCCUCCCUUCUGGCCCGGACUGGGACCUCCAAUUGAUGGCUUUGGCUUCGUUUUUAUGCCAAAGUUCACGCAGGUCUACCCUGCAGUGCUCAUCUUAGCCGCAACGCUUCCAAGAGCUGCUUUGUGCACAGCAACUCUCUUCCAGCCUCAUAGGCGCUCUCUGUGA